GGCUUGUAAGAGUGGAGUAUCUCCAAGCCAGGAACAGCCGAAAAUAUUGCAUCCAGCCUAGGAGAAGGGUCUCCCUAAGGGCUUCCAUGCACUGACGGGUAAGAGAGAGAGGCCGUGAAGAGAGGGGGUUCAUACUUCUCUGCAAUUCUCACAUACAUCUACCAGUCCACUUCAUCAGUACAAGUUUGUCAUCAGUGUAGGUUUUAACCAGACCUGCAGCACUACUCAUAAAGACGACUCACGGUCACAAACCAUUUGAUUCAUCUGGCAAAAUGGCAGGAGUGAGCAAGUGUUUGAAAUACUCUAUGUUUGUCUUCAACUUUUUAUUUUGGGUCUGUGGAUGUAUAAUUUUGGGUAUUUCCAUAUGGCUACGUGUCAGCAAAGAUGCCCAGAAGGAACUUGGGGAUAAUAUGCUUCCAGCUAUAGACCUUAUGAUUGCUGUGGGUGCCAUAAUCAUGGUCCUUGGAUUUUUUGGAUGCUGUGGAGCCAUAAAGGAAAGCAAGUGUCUGCUGCUUCUGUUCUUUAUUGGAUUGUUCCUGAUUCUGGCGCUGCAAGUAACAGCAGGCAUUUUAGGAGCUGUUUAUAAAUCAAAGAUUGAAGAUGAAGUUAACAAAACUCUAAAUAAUCUGCUACCGUUAUCUGGACAGAGUAACAAUUUUAUUGCAAGUUUAGACGCAAUUCAGCAAGAGAGCAAAUGCUGUGGCAUUGUAGAUGGAUACUCUGACUGGAGUGGUUCAAUUCCAAAGUCCUGCAUUUGUACUGCGUCCACUGAAUCACAUCCUUGUGUUACUUAUCAAGGAAAACUUUAUUAUAAACAGUCAUGUGCAACUGCAAUAAGCGACCUCAUGAAAAAGAACCUAAUAAUUAUUAUUGGAGUAGCGUUUGGGCUUGCAUUGAUAGAGCUCGUUGGCUUAGGAUUUUCAAUGACAUUAUACUGCCAGAUAAAGAAGAAAUGAAAACAUACAGAUAUUACAUACAGUAUCCCCAGAGAAACCUCAUGCCAUCAUUUAUGUAUAUGCAGCAAAAAAGAAAGUUGAUUCAUUUAUGUAUGCCAUAAAACAUUACAGAAAAAGUUUUAAUAAAGUUAUCUUUGUACAGC